GAGGAAGUUAAAGAGAGAUCUUUGUUCUGACGACUGGAUGCAGUCGUUGGAGGAAACCCACUCUGAAAACUCAGCUGCCAAGUUCCUGUCUAAUUGGAUGCCAGGCAGGGAACAGAGAGAUACUCCAGAAUACCAGCUGUGUAGCGUGGAGAUGUACCAGACAGCCAAAGUGCCCCCCCCCCCACAAGAUGAACAGCAUAAGCAGUACUCCUGGGUUGAAGAUCCCCUGGCAGACACUGCUCUUAGCAGCUUCCAUCCUGAAUUCUCGCUACCUGUUGACUCGAGCUCAGAGCACGACUGGGAUACUUAUCAAAGUUGAUCCAGAAACGCUAAUAGAAGGACAGAAUGUCACCUUAACACCAGGAGUUGUUGAUCUGAAGUUGUUUGUUACCUGCUCCUGGUACCAAAGGACAAUUGAUGAACGAAACAAGAUUUUUACCUAUUACCUACUUCCAUCACCUAGGCAGCUAAAUGGACCUGCCUUCACUGGGCGGGAGACUGGGGCUACGGACUGCUCCCUUCGCAUCACAAAUUCAAGGGCAAGUGACUCUGCAAUCUAUACGCUGAGAGUGGAGGGACCUACAGGGUUCGAAAUGGGGGAUGCAAGCCUUACGGUCUCAGAAGAUAAAACAGAUCCCGAGGGCUCUCUCACUACUGGGAAAAUUGUUGGAAUUGUCAUCGGUUGUGUGCUUGGAGCAGCACUCAUUGCAGGUCUGCUGUAUUUCCUGCUCACCAAGACUUCCUUGGGGCACAAAGGGUCUCCCUUCGCAAACAGGCCAAUACAGGAAAGGUUCCAUGUCCAAGGUUCCAUGACCUUGAAAACCACUGGUAUGGCCAAGGAUACCCGUCGUAAGAGGAACAGGACAUCCACCCAGAUCAUAUCAGCGAUGCCAUUAUAUGAGAACAUUUCUCCUUCAAAGGUGGUGCCCACCAGUUCCUCUGAAACUGACCAUGUGUACCAGACUCUACAGCAUGGAGAUCAGGCCAUCUACAAUGAGCUGAGACCGAACCCAUCCAAAGCCUCCUCUGCUAAGCCCUCUCUUUAACCCUCAAGCCACUGAUUCACUCAUCCCUUUCAGAUGAGAUCUGCUCAUUUCAGCCGCAGUCAAGUGUCUGUAGGGGGCCACCACACUCCCCAUCAAGGGUGCAAGUUGGGCUCUGCUUCUUCUUUAGAGGCCGAUCCUUCUGGAAACCCUAGCCUUUGCUUCAAAUGACCGAUGCACCAUCAGUAGCCAAAACACACCAACACCUGAAGAAGAGUCUGCUUCCUCAUGAACCAGUACAUGUGUUAAGAUCACCUUUGGAAGCUCUUCUCCACGUGACUCUUCCUGCAGAGCGGUGGUGGGUGAGGACUGGUGAGAAGACUUUCUUGCCUGUACCUGGGCUACAACUCCUACCCAGGGAUGCUAAUUUGGUAUCUACUCCCAGGCUCCUUAAACUGUGACUCAACUUUUAUAUUUCCUCUUUUUAUUCUGCUGCCUCUUUUCUUCUGAAACACAGAGAAACUUGAUGGAGUUUCAGGAUGUAAAAUAAACCCAUCAAAAUCUGAAACCAUGGGAAUACACGUAUGACAGGCCACAAGGGAUAAAGUAAUAAAGGCAUAUGGUAUUAAAUUGACACAUAAAUGCUUGAUCUAUCUCUAAAUAUG